AUGACUGAAGCAUUGAACGACGACAAUCAUGAGGAUAACACUGACCCAGUUAACCCUGAAAUAUCACCUUUGGACACCCAAGAAAACUUCCCCGAAAACUUCAGAAAGAAUACCAGUUCACUUCCAUCAUUUAAUUUAGCGCAAUGUACAUCCUAUUUUACCAAAACAUUCUCCGCGAUUAGUCCAAAUAAAACAUUCAAUAUUCCUAGUAGGAUCCCCAAAUUAGCUUCUUCUCAAACGCCUUUUAAGCUUGACCCCCGACCUAUCAAGAGAUUACGAACAUCCUACGUAAAAUGA